CGGGCGGGCGACGGCCCCCACGGCGCGUGCGCGGGGCGGGGCGGCGCGUAAAGCCGCGUCUGGCGCCGCGCCGCGUUCCCGCCCUCCCGCCUCGCGAAAUGGCGGCGCCCGCCGGCUCCCCGCCGCCGCCUGAGGGCCGGUUCCGCACGCGCGACGUCCUGGUGCCCGGGGGCCCCUGCGACUUCGGCUCCUUGCUGCUGUCGGCGCCGGUGCUGGCGGGGCUGGAGGCGGCCGGGUUCCACAGGCCCUCGCCGGUCCAGCUGAAGGCCAUCCCGCUGGGGCGCUGCGGCCUGGACCUCGUCGUGCAGGCCAAGUCCGGCACUGGCAAGACCUGCGUGUUCUCCACCAUCGCCCUGGACGCCCUGCUGCUGGAGAACCCCGCCACGCAGAUUCUGAUCUUAGCACCGACAAGAGAGAUUGCUGUGCAGAUUCAUGCUGUCAUCACAGCCAUUGGAAUAAAAAUGGAGGGUUUAGAGUGCCAUGUAUUCAUUGGAGGGACUCCUCUGAACCAGGACAAAAUAAGACUAAAGAAAUGCCACAUAGCAGUUGGCUCUCCAGGUCGAAUAAAACAACUCAUAGAGUUGGAUUAUUUAAAUACAGCCAGUAUCCGGCUCUUUAUUCUUGAUGAAGCAGACAAGCUUCUAGAAGAAGGCAGCUUUCAGGAACAAAUCAAUUGGAUUUAUUCUUCGCUGCCAGCCAAUAAACAAAUGCUGGCUGUUUCAGCCACUUAUCCUGAAUCAUUAGCUAGUGCUUUGACCAGGUACAUGAGAGAGCCAACAUUUGUGAGGCUGAAUCCUACUGAUCCAAGUCUCAUUGGCCUGAAGCAGUAUUACAAAAUUGUGAAUUGCCAUCCACUUCCUCAUAAGACAUUUGAGGAAAAAGUCCAGCACUUACAGGAGUUGUUCAGCAAGAUUCCAUUUAAUCAAGCCUUAGUCUUUUCAAAUCUGCAUAGCAGGGCUCAACAUUUAGCUGAAAUACUGACAUCCAAAGGCUUUCCUGCUGAGUGCAUUUCGGGUGGCAUGAAGCAAAAUCAACGACUUGAUGCUAUGGCUAAAUUAAAGCAAUUCCACUGUAGAGUUCUUAUUUCCACAGACUUGACAUCUCGUGGAAUUGACGCUGAAAAAGUGAAUCUGGUCAUCAAUCUGGAUGUACCUGUGGACUGGGAAACAUACAUGCAUCGUAUUGGCAGAGCUGGACGCUUUGGAACUUUAGGCUUAUCUGUGACAUACUGCUGCCGUGGAGAGGAGGAAAACAUGAUGAUGAAAAUUGCACAGAAAUGUAAUCUUCAGCUUCUUCCCUUACCAGAGCCCAUACCUCCUGGAAUGAUGGAUCAGUUUGAAGAUUGGGAGGUAGAAGUCAAAGCUGCUGCACAUACAGAUGCUUCAGUGAAUUCUGAUACUGUGCUUCUUAGACCAGAAGAACCAAUAGAGCAGCCAGCCCGAAAUAACUUUGCAGAGAUACCUCGGCCUUGUUCCAGUCUUCCAGGUCAUAAAUCUGUAGACAGGCCAAAAAAGGCUCCAAAGCAAAAACUGAUAAAAAGAUGCACAGAUUCUGCAGACACAGAAGAAGGUCGCCCCAAAACUUUCAAUUGCAACACAAAACAGAGGAAUCAAGUAGGAACUGCUUCCCAAACGGACAAACAAAAUAUCACUAAGGCCUCAGAUGAGGAAGCCUUAAAAAAAAAUCUUCCCAGAAUUCCAUGCUUGUCAACUUUCAAAAACCAACAGAACAACAAUCCCUGGAACUUCUCAGAGUUUGUUGAAGACUAUGAGUAUUUUAUUAAAGAAGGGUUGGAGAGGGAUGUUGAAAUUUUAAGAAGUUAUUCAGGCCUGGGAGAACAAUGUGAGCUCCUCGGAAAUGCUGCUGUAGAGUGUAAAGAUGCAGAAGAUGCUACAGAGGCAGUAGUAGCAAAUGGUGUUGCAUCGGUGGAAAGUGAUAGUUCGUACAGUUCCAGGGCUUCCUCCAGUAGCAGGGAAAAUACCUCAUGCUUUGAAGCAUUUUCAGAUACACAGGAAAAGAAUGCUGUUCCUGCGGUAGGUCGAGGUCUUGCAAGCUUCUCUCCUACACCAGAGAAGCCUCGGGAGCUAUCACAAGUGCCAAAGCCAAAUCAAAUGAAAAAGAAAGUUUUGAAACAAAAUGCUAAACAAAAGAGAAGUCAUUACCACCAAUUCCCUAGUUCUUCUAUGAGAGAAACUGAACACUGCUCCUGCAGCCCUUGGGGUGAUAGUGUUCCUGGCUUUCCAUAUGAGUCCUGGAGUUACAAAAACUACUGGAAGUCUUACUAUCAAGCAUGGCAAAGCUACUAUGCUGCAGUGUCUCACAUGUACUACAGGAAGAGUUACAGACACUUUAACUGGAUGAAUGCUUAUCAUGUCAACUCUGUCUAUCUUCAAGAACUGCUGAGAAGUGAUGGUUGAUGUAAUGGCAUUGCUGUUAGAGGACUGGCUGGUACAAUGAAUGGACGUAUCUGUGAAAACAUAACUGGUCUACAAGUAACACUGAUGGACAUAGACAUUGGUUAAGAUUGGAAAAAAAAAUUUUGUCCUUUUUCAAAAACAAGUUAUUUCUAGGCAAAUGUUUUAUAUGCAUUCCAGUGAUGGUGUUACAACAAGUUGUCAAUAAAGGGAAAUGAAUGAUA